UCCUCGGCUUCGAGGGCGAGCGAGCGCGGCUGCUUCCUCUCCGCCUUCGCGGCCCGCCCCUUCGUGCUGCUUCCGCGCCGCGCCCGAUUCCAGGAGCAGGCUGCGGCGGGCGCGAUGGAGCUGGAGAGGUUGCACGCCGAGGAGGAGCGGGCAGCCCGGUCCCAGGAGGAAGAGGAGGGCGAGGAGGAAGGCCGGAACCGUGCGGCCUGCCUGAGCUGCGACAGCCUCCACAACACGGUGUCCAAGUGGAUGCUCCCGGAGGAUUCCCGGGCCACCUAUCUGGAGAGAGCCAACUGCAUCCCGCCACCCAUCUUCAUCCUGGGCAUCAGCGUGGCUGAGGUGGCCGUGUUCAUUUAUUACGCGGUUUCGAAGCCCCAGAGUCAGUGGCUCACCCUAGACUGGGAAAGCAACCAGAACAGUCCUUUCAUUUACAGGCCUGACAAAAGGAAGGAAGCCUGGAGAUUCUUGUCUUACAUGCUGGUGCAUGCUGGCAUUGAACAUAUCUUAGGAAACCUCUUCCUGCAGCUUCUCUUGGGGAUCCCCCUAGAACUGGUUCACAAAGGACACAGAGUUGGGUUGGUCUAUAUUGCAGGAGUGCUUGCAGGUUCCUUGGCAAGCUCAGUCUGUGAUCCUCUCCAGGGCCUGGUCGGAGCAUCAGGAGGAGUCUAUGCUCUCAUAGGAGGAUACUUCAUGAAUAUUCUAGUGAACUUCCGAGAAAUGAUUCCGCUGUUUGGAGUUGUCAGAUUACUCUUCAUACUCAGCAUAGUUGGAACUGAUGUGGGAUUUGCUUUGUACAGAAGAUUUAUUCCCGAUAAUUCUGCGCCUCAGGUUUCCUUUGUGGCCCACAUUGCCGGAGGCCUUGCUGGGAUGUCAAUAGGCUAUGUCAUAUUCAGCUGUUUUGAUAAGAAUUUCAUUAAAGAUCCUCGAUUCUGGGUCUGCAUAGUUGCUUACUUGGCAUUUGUAGUGUUUGCUGUAUUGUUCAAUGUGUUUUUUUCACCAGCAAACCAAUAGAACACGUCACCUGACAAUGACUAUGCAAAGCUUUAAAAGACAAUAUGAAGUGAUUUUCUUUUCUGUGGGUGAUAUUUCAUUGCAACAGUGGUUUUCAUUGGUUUUUGUUUUUUUAAUCACUAUCUUGCCAAAGUCAAAUGUUGCACUUCAGUGCUCUGAAAAUAUUUUUUUUUUGUAUUUUAAUAUUAAACUGCAAGCAUUUUCAUUA